AUGGCCAGUCGACCAAAUUCUGCCAAUUUCAAUGCUCCAUCCACCCUCCCUAGUAAUAAUGCUGCCGAUCCACCCAGACCCGUUUCUUACAUCUCCGCCCAUAUGACAGAUAUAGCCUCAGAAGACGGUGAUGCUUCACCACCCCAUACAGCGAUUUCUUCCCAGCCAACAUGGUCACAACCACCAAACUCACGUCGCGGUCCUCCGCCCGCCAGAAAUUCAAUGGCUGCUGCCUCCAACCAGGGCAUCAGUCGACCUCAGAGCUCUUCGAGUCGAAUAAGUAGAACUCACAUCCCCUCGUUGACUGCACAUGGGUUUUUCCGUCCCAUGAGUUCCCAGAGAUUACAAGCACAACGCAGUUGGAGACUCACGAAUAACAACCAUGUUGCUCCAGCCUCAAAUGAAGAUGGAAUGAGUGAUGUGGGCAGCCAGAACCGAAGGAGCUUGCUGUCAAACCAUACAGUGCUUCAUGGGCCUUCGUCUCACGAUAGCGAAUUCCCCCCUCCAUCGCGAGGCACCGAAUUUACGGACCCCGUUAUGCCAGAUCGUGGGACGUCAAAUGCAAGCCCAACAGGGAAUACAACGGUGCGAAGUCUUGGUGAGAGCGUGAGGUUACUUCGGGACAGGUCACAGCAAGUCGCACCGUCACACCUCAACUUGGGGAAAAAUUAUAAACCUGCUAGCUCCCAAGAAACUCCUCAGAAAUCACCCUUGUCCUUUCGUUCUGGGUUCUUGUUGCCUGGCAAAAGUGAUGGACAUGAUCGGCGCGACCCGAGGAAUCAUGAAAGAUUGUCCUCAGGCGCGUCCAUCCCUGGAUCCACACCGAUGAAGGCAUUCAAGUCUGAGCCAAGAGCAAACUUGGGAAAGAAUUAUGAGUAUUUUGCUGGAAACACUAUUUUCUGCGGUGGAGGCAGAUUCCAGAAUUCUAGGGAUAAGCCAUUCAAUAUUGCGACUGGAAUUUUGGUGGUUGUUCCUGCUGGUCUAUUCUUCGGAUUUUCGGCUCCAUGGCUAUGGCGCAAUGCUUCACCCGCAAUACCUAUUCUUUUCGGCUACGUUUUCUACAUUUGCUUUUCGUCGUUUAUUCAUGCUUCAGCUGUUGAUCCAGGGAUUAUUCCACGAAACUUAAACCCUAUGCUUCCAGCUGAUCCAAGCGAGGAUCCGUUGACUCUUGGCCCACCUUCCAAUGAUUGGGUUAUGAUCAAGCUCGCAACGUCUGAUGUAGCAGCCAUGGAUGUGCCAGUGAAGUAUUGCAGAACUUGCAAUAUCUGGCGGCCGCCACGCUGUUAUCACUGUCGAGUUUGCGACAACUGCGUCGAAACCCUAGAUCACCAUUGCGUUUGGCUUAAUAAUUGCGUAGGACGCCGCAACUACCGUUAUUUCUUCACCUUCGUCAGCUCCAGCACGAUUUUGGCGCUCUUUCUGAUGGGAGUCAGUCUGGGACAUGUCCUUGGCUACCGCAACAAAGAGGGCAUCUCGUUCGGUAAAGCUAUCAAUGAAUGCCGCGUUCCCUUUGUCAUGUUUGUAUACGGUCUUCUCGCAGCACCCUACCCCGCGUCGCUCUGGGCAUAUCACUUCUUUCUAAUGGGUAGAGGAGAAACUACCAGAGAAUACCUAAAUUCCCACAAGUUCUCCAAAGGAGAUCGACACCGACCAUUCACACAGGGUAAUGUCCUCCGGAAUUGGAUUGCGGUGCUUUUGCGACCCCGGACCCCAUCCUAUGUCCAAUUCAAGAAAAGGUACCAGCAAGGAGACCAGCGCCUUUCUGCUGUCAAGCGCAAGCACAAAGCAGCUGACCUGGAGGCCCAGCCUGAAGGAGGAAUGGAAAUGCACGACGUACACAAUGGAACACCCUCGAAUAAACCGGCUGAUGGUUGA